AUGUCUCUCCAACGCAUUCUAUUUACUAGAUCUUACUAUUGGAAGUAUCUUGCGCUAGCAUGGCUUAUUUGUGUGGCCAUUUGGUGGGCCUCAUACCGCAGACUAGACUCCAUCUAUAUUCCUUCAGCCCUGAAAGAGUCCCUCACCCAGAAAGAGCUCAUGGCAGUGUUUUCCAUGUACCAUGAAAGACAUCCGUCAAUGUCUCAUAUUUCAACACAUUCUUCCGCUUACGAUGAAGUGGUGAGCUCCAUCAGCAUGUACGACUUCUUGAAACAAUACCUGUUUGACGAGAGAUGUCUGAUUUACUUCAACCACUUAGAAAGAAGUAACCCUGACUGGUUGGUUCAUCCAGAUGAAGUCAUUGAUUACGACAAAACGGCUUUCCAGUCGUAUGAAGCAUUCAAGAAGUCCAAGGAGAAGGAACACAAAGAUAAGGUUAACGAAGCCAAGAAGAACAACAAGCCUCUUCCUGACCCUAUAACUGAAAAGGACAUCCGUCAUGAGUACCAGAAACUUUGGAAGUCUGUCGAAGCUGCUGAACAAAAACUUCACGACUUCCUAGCCCACGUGCGUAUCUUUGACAAGUGCUACAUUCAGUCCCAAGAUAGAACCAUUCACAAGAAUGACACCAACUAUGUCAAGAAGCAACAAUAUUUCUUGAAGAAUAAUGUCGCUUAUAUUGCUGAGCCUGAUGAAGUUGUUGGUGGCUCUGUCUACCGUGACAAGAAACUGUGUUCAGAUGUUGAAAGCAAGGUUUUCCCUUGGUUGACUAUGGAGUACCCAGAAUUUACUCGUUACAACAACGAGAAGUCAUAUUUCCCUGGCAAGAACUAUAGGCUUCAUGAAAGUCGUGGAUGUUUCCUUAAUGAGUUCAAGGCCCGUCUUAACGGUAAGGGUAUUGUGAUGACCUUCAACGACGACCAUGUCGAUGAUGCCAUUCGUCUCAUUAGAGUGCUUCGGUACCUUGGAAACAGAUAUCCUAUUCAAAUUGUCUACCAUUCCAACCUCAAUGACUUGUCAAAGCAGCAUAUCACUAAAGCUGCCAGAAUAAAGUACGAGAACUAUCCUACCCAGGAUGUCUGGUACGUGGACGCUAGUCGCUCUAUCGAACCCCAAUAUAUCAACAAAUUCAAUGGCUUUGCUAACAAAAUCAUGGCAACCUUGUUCAACUCGUUUGAGGAAAUGAUUUUCUUGGAUGCCGACACCGUUUUGUUGGAGAAUCCUGACUUCCUUUUCAAGCUCAAGAAGUACAUCAACUCCGGUACCAUGUUCUUCAAGGACCGUGCUACUUUCAUUUUCCGUGAAAGAGAGAACUCUGUCCUUUUCCACAAGCUCAUGCCUUCGCUUGCUGAUGGAUUUGUGUUCAACAUUAAUCAGAUCAAGAACAAGACAUUGGACAACGAGUUUUUCCUAGGUUUUGAAAACUUUAUGGAAAGUGGUCUUGUUGUUAUUAACAGAAAGAAGCAUUUCAUUCAACCUUUCAUGAUGUCUGUGUUAAACUUUUACCAGCCGAUCACCGCACGUCUUUACGGAGAUAAGGAGUUGUAUUGGCUUUCCUUAGUUCUCGCAGGUGAUGAGAAUUACGAGUUCGACGACAACUUUGCUGCUGCCAUUGGUGAGUUGACUCCAGAAACAGAGCGUCAUAAGGAUGUGAACCAGAUCAAGAGUUUUAACUCCAAAGAGCUUUGUUCGUCGCAUCCUAGUCACAUCAGUGACACCGACAAUCAAACUCUUAUUUGGUUCAAUUCCGGUUUCCGCUUCUGUGGAAAUGUUGACAAGGGAGUUAACUUCCAAGAAGAAUUUGACAGCAAGAAGAGAUUCACCCGUUUCAAAACUUUAGAAGCCUUUGAGACAUUCUUCAGGUCCAAGUUGAAGAUCACGCACGGCAUAAUUCCGCCAUUUGAUAGAAACAGGCAAAAGGCAGUAAACCUUGAACACGAGCCUGAAGCAGCUUGGAACAUGAUGAACUACUGCAAGAAUUAUUUAUGGUGUGCUUACUCGUCUCUCGGUGGCUACUACGAGGCGGAUGGUGAGACCAAGAGUAACUUGCUCGAAGGCACGGUCAUCAAGUUCACUGAUGCUCAAGUCAAAAAGUUUGAGCAAGUGGGAGACAUUUGGAUGCGUGAUACCGGAUUAAUGUCCUCUGGUUAG